UGGUGGCUGGUUAUCUUCUGAUUGGUAUUUUGCAUCUCUUUGCAUUCCAACAGUAAUAACAAGUAAAUAAGCAUGGAUCCUUCAGUGUCUAACUUGGAAAUUUGCAACUUGGCUUACAUAGGAAAUCUGGAACAACUGAAAAAUCAAAUACUUGCAGAUAAGUCAUUAGCUUUCAAAAAAGAUCAAGAUGACAGAACAGCACUCCACUGGUCUUGUUCAGCAGGGCGUACAGAGAUUGUACAAUUCCUCCUUGACUUGGGAGCGUCAGUAGAUGACAGAGAUGAUGCACAGUGGACCCCAUUGCACAUUGCAUCUUCAGCUGGCCAUGAAGAAAUUGUCAGGGCACUAAUUAAAAAACAAGCACAACUGAACAGCGCUAACCAAAAUGGAUGUACCCCUUUACACUAUGCAGCUUCCAAAAACAGAUAUGAGAUUGCUGAACUACUUCUAGAAAAUGGAGCCAAUCCUAAUGCAACUGAUAAUCUAAACUCUACUCCUUUGCACAGAGCAGCAGCUAAAGGCAAUAUCCGACUUAUUUCUCUCCUUUUGAAACAUAGAGCCUCUACCAAUAUCCAGGACUCUGAGGGUAACACCCCACUACAUUUGGCCUGUGAUGAAGAGAGAGCAGACGAAGCCAAGCUGUUAGUUAAGCAUGGAGCAAGCAUAUAUAUUGAUAAUAAGGAGAAGAAGACUCCACUGCAAAUGGCAAAAGGUGGUCUGGGACCAGUGCUGAGGAGAAUGACAGAAGAGCGUUAACUGCAACUACCUGUCAAGAUAGAAGACAAAAGUGUGAACUGGAAUGAUUGUUAAAAAAAAAUAAAAAUAUAACAUUAA